AGAAUUCCUACUCCAACCCCCUCUUCUAGAUCUCAGCAGCAUUUGGACUCGAAUUUCUAUCUUAUUAUUACCCGAUCUCUGCCACGCCACGAUCGGACCAGCUUCUUUGUCUUGAAGCUUCGCACCACGGACUCCAUCACACCCUAGCAGCCCGCCUCAAUCGGUGUUGUUUCCCCGCCGUCGCACCAUGUCGGCUUCCGCCCUUCCAACUGAGCGCAUCCCGGCUCACGACGAUGCUCGCUCCGUCUCUUCCGAUGACUCGGACUCCAGCAAUGAGGAAGGCUGGGAGGAUGUCGAACCUGAUGAUGAGACCCAGCCCGUCGUUGGCCUGUUCUCCGACAAGGUCUAUCCCGACGUGCGGUCGAUGCUGAAGGAGACCAAGGAAAAGUAUAACUUUGACCUGCAGAAGAUCCAAAAACAGUUCGGUUUGGAUUUUCUGGGUACUAUCAAGUUGGUCAACUAUAUCCGGUCUCAGGUCAAGGAGGGCAACGCCUCCCCCGAUGUGUCUUCCGCCGAGAAGUUCGAAGAUGAGAUCUAUCUGAUGCCCGUGCUGGAGGACGACGCUCUCCUCUACAGUCUGGAUGACAUAGAGGAUGAGACUCCCGAAUCUGCCGGUGGUACCGAUGCCGAGAGAAAGGUGAUUGAGCUCCAGGAGGACCUGGAACGUCUGCAGACCCAGUUCUCCGAGUACAGAGACGCUGUGCAGAAAUCGAUGGAAGAACAGUUGGCCAAGGAAGAUGAGAAGCUUGGUGGUUCGGCGGCCCAGAAGCCCGCCAGCAAGAUUGAAGAACUCGAUGCGGAUUACUUCACGUCCUACUCCUACAACGGCAUUCACGAGUCCAUGCUUAAAGAUACCAUCCGCACUGAUUCUUACCGCGAUUUCGUGUACGAGAACAAGCACCUUUUCAAGGAUAAGGUUGUUCUUGAUGUCGGUUGCGGAACUGGAAUCCUGUCCAUGUUCUGUGCCAAGGCUGGCGCCAAAAAGGUCAUUUCGGUCGACAACUCCAACAUCAUCGAUAGGGCCAAGGAAAUCAUCUACGAGAACGGCUUUGGCGAUGUGAUCACGUGUAUCCGUGGCAAGAUCGAGGAAGUCACUUUGCCAGUCCAGCAGGUUGAUAUCAUCAUCUCCGAAUGGAUGGGAUACGGCCUUCUGUUCGAGGCCAUGUUUGACUCGGUCAUCUACGCUCGUGACCGGUAUCUCGCACCUGAUGGACUCAUGGUCCCGUCGCACGCUACGCUGCGUAUCGCUCCUUUCGCCGACUCUGAAUUCGUCGCGUCGAACAUCUCAUUCUGGAAGAGCGUGUAUGGCUUCAACAUGACAAGCAUGCUCACGGGAAUCCACGAGGAGGCUAUGGUCCGUGUCAUUGGGCCAUCCUCUAUCCCCGGAGACUCUUCAGUUUUCCUUCCCCUCCCUCUGCACACCAUCACUGUCGAUGAGCUGUCAUUCCUGAAGGAGUUCCAGGUCACUCUCAACCAGGACAUUGACGAACUCGAUGGUUGGGCCAUCUGGUUUGACAUCUUCUUUAUGCCCUCCAGGGACUCCCCCAUCGCCGACGAUGCCGUACCUUCGGAAAUGAAGAAGAAGGGCAUUGUCUCCUUUACCACUGGACCUUACGACACCGAGACGCAUUGGCAGCAAGUUAUCUGCCUGAUGGACCGCGAGAAGAAGAGAGGUGUUCCCCUCAAGAAGGGGCAGACCAUCACAGGAAAGGUCGGCUACCAGAAGAGAGGAGAGAAAUCCCGCUCUUUGAACAUUACCAUCGACUGGGAGGCCCAGGAAGCCGAAACGGGUGCCCAGCAGUGGAGUCUGCAAUGAGAUGCGACACCUAGGUGCAUUCUCAUAGACAUAUAAAUACCGGGUGCUUUCUUUGCGCCUUAGACUCAUAUAGAAGGCUCUUUACCACUUCAAUCAAGAAUCUCAUGAUCAGCG